GAGAUUAUUAUCCAAAAAGGCAAAGUAUCUCCUCCACUCAAAUCCAUUCGUACACCACAUUGAGUGUGUGCACCCCCCAAUCCCAUGCACACACCACAAAAAUAAAUAAAAGAAAACAAAAAACAAUAAGUUGAGAAAUUAGAAAGGAGAAUGCUUAGGUGCAGCAGCAGUAUAGCAGUUACUGCUGGUGUUGGUGUUUGCCACACUCAAAGAUUAUUAUGCUCACUUUCACUUCCCUUAAACUAUACAUUCUCUCACUCUCUUCGCAACCCUUUACUAUCGUCGAAUUCCGCGUUUCUCAAAUGGAAUAGAAACAUCAAUUCUAAGAUUAAUCGUUUUAGAAUGGCAACGCGCGCUUUGGCGCAACCGCUUCAGAAUGCUGAUGAGCUUAUUAACUCCGUCGAGACUUUCAUUUUCGACUGUGAUGGAGUUAUAUGGAAAGGUGAUAGCUUAAUAGAAGGAGUUCCUGAAACAUUGGACAUGCUUCGGUCAAAGGGAAAAAGAUUGGUUUUUGUCACCAACAACUCAACUAAGUCUAGGAAACAAUAUGGAAAGAAGUUUGAAACUCUUGGCCUGAAUGUCAGCGCGGAGGAGAUUUUUGCAUCGUCUUUUGCAGUUGCAGCGUAUUUGAAAUCCAUUGAUUUCCCAAAAGAUAAAAAGGUUUAUGUCAUUGGAGAAGAUGGCAUCUUGAAGGAGCUUGAGCUUGCUGGAUAUCAGUACCUUGGUGGGCCGGAAGAUGGUGGGAAAAAGAUAGAGCUGAAGCCAGGGUUCUUGAUGGAGCAUGAUGAAGAUGUUGGAGCAGUUGUUGUGGGGUUUGAUCGCUAUUUCAACUACUAUAAAAUCCAGUACGGAACUCUCUGUAUACGUGAAAACCCUGGAUGUCUUUUCAUUGCUACAAAUAGAGAUGCUGUUACUCAUCUCACUGAUGCUCAAGAAUGGGCAGGUGGGGGUUCUAUGGUUGGUGCUCUCAGCGGAUCUUGUCAACGCGAACCACUUGUUGUUGGAAAACCCUCAACUUUCAUGAUGGACUACUUAGCAAACGAGUUUGGCAUUUCAAAGUCACAAAUAUGUAUGGUUGGGGACAGAUUAGACACUGACAUUUUGUUUGGACAAAAUGGUGGCUGCAAAACUCUUCUUGUCCUCUCAGGUGUCACCUCAUUGUCGACACUACAGAGUCCAAACAAUUCCAUACAACCGGACUUCUAUACCAACAAAAUUUCAGAUUUUCUUUCCCUAAAAGCUGCUGCUGUUUGAUAAAUACAUGCUUUACGAGAUUUCUCUAAAUUCAAGUUGUGAUACUGUAUGAUAUAUAAAAUCCUUGUAAACAAUUUUUCCAAGAAGGUGGGGUAUAUAUAUAUAAACCACUUUGAGUGGGGAAACUGUAAUUCUUUGACAGGAAACAAUGUCAGUCAGUGUCAUCAAUAAUUAAUUACUUUGGACACACUAAAGUGCUUUUAGAGACAAUAUUUGUUUAUACAAUUUGAUGAAGAUAUAAAAAAUGGUGAACCGAGCUGUUUAGUUA